UAAAAGACAUGAUACGUGAAAAUAGGUGGGUAGAAUGAUUCUUGAAUGAACAUGUCAAAUGUAAUGUGUAAGCUUCUCCAUAACUCUGCUAUUUUUCAGGACAGUUGUAAUAAUACUCUGUUUUACACAUGAGUACAUAUCUAAUCUAGCUUCUGUGUUGCAGAGAGACUUUCUGCUACUUUCAGUAACAUAAUGGCCAUGAAAUUCAUCCCAAAUCAGUUGCAGCACUUCUAACAAGACAUGAAGAAAGCAGCAUGUCGUCUUGUUACACUAGAAUCAAGUGUCAGGACUAUCAAGAUCUGCUCAAGAACUACAAGAUAUAUAAAGAAGAUGAAGCAGAAGAUGAAGAAUUUAGUACGCCUAUGUUGUGGAUCGGUAUCUAUAUUGCUGCAGCAUCCCUAUUGUGCUUCCUUGCAACCGCGGCUGAUGUGUUUAGAGGAUUCGUAGAAAGGAAACUCUGGUUCCCAUGCAAAUUUAUCACUCUUAAUGCAGUUUCUUUAACAUUAUUAGGUGUAGCCAUGAAGCUUCCCUUGGAUCUUAAUAGUUCAAUGCCAGGCCAGGCUGAUCAGCUUGUGAAGCUUAGCAGUUGUGUGUUUUUGUGUACUAUUAUGGGGAACUAUUUGCCUUCUUUAGGUGCUCUACACGACGAGGGGAUUCUUUCUAAUGUAGUGGCAUUGGCUAUUCUGGUGAUCACCCUUGUUGUUAAUAUAGGCAUAGAACUUGAUACAGGUGUAAUUUACCAUAAUUUGUGGGUAGAAUAUAUAUUGGUUUCUUUUUUCUUGAUGAUUUUGUUAGUCAUUCUGUGUUUCUCGGCUUUGGCAGUUCCAACUACGAAAAAGUAUUUAGAAUGGAAAUAUAGUGAGCUACACAGAGUAGCGUUUUAUAAACCAGAAGAAAACAAGGGAAAAUUGAUUAGAGUUGAGAAACUUAUUGAAGAUGUCAGAAAGUAUUGGAUGAUGGUUCAGACUGGAAAUCCUCAGUUUGUUUUGGCGCGAUCAGUGACUUGCGCUGCUGCAGGAGUUGUCUGCCUCUUUGCAGCUUUCAUUUUAGGUGAAGCAGAAAUCAGAUUGUUUUUCAAGGCUGGAGUCAAUUGGUAUGUUAGCAGUUCCAGCUACAAGUAUUCAACACUUGCAACUCUUUGUAUUCAGUCUAUAGGGGUGGUUGUUGGUAGUAUUGGACCGGCGUUUAGGUGGUUUAUUGGCACAAAUUACAAAUACUCACAGAAAGCAAGUUUCAGUAACUUGAAAAGAGAAUUCAUGAUAGAGAGUUAUUGGCUACAAGGGCUGAAAGAAUGGAGGGAGAAACCUAUGGAUAUACGGAUCCAUAGCCGGAAAUGUAGAAAGGUUUUGCAGGUUUCCAAGAAUCUGACAGUCACUAUCUGCAUUUCGAUUCAGGUAUUCAUUCUUUUAGCAAGCAAAACUGUCCGGGUCAUCUCCAUUUUGUGCUUACGCCCAGUUCUUUCGUGCUGCUACCACUGCAAAAAGUUGAAGAGAAAACUCGUUUCUGAACAUACUAACUGUAAUAAUCCGAAGCCACAUAAUGUAGGAUCUGCAGCAGAGAUGGAACUUGGACGUUAUGUUUUGUUGCUUGAAGGUGAAGAAGAAUUGCCAGCAAGAAUCUUGAAUCGCAUUUCUGAUGCUGUCAACCGGUUGAUACAUGUGGCUAGAAAGAACCGUCCAAGAAGGCUAAAAAGGCUUAUAGAUAAGUCUACAAGCUUCAAAGGGGUAGCAGAGUUUGAUAGUGAUCGAGUUGAGUGUUUACAUUGUGAAGAGCCGCCUAAUGUUUGGUCUCUUCCAGUAGUGACGCUAACAAGCAUUGCCAUCGCGCUACCAAAUGUCAGAAAGAGCACUGUUAAGAAGUUGAUAAAAAGUGUGAGAGAGGGCCUUUUGUACAUUGGCCUUGUAGAGAAAAGUCUUGAUGUCAAUGGAGAUCUGCUAAACAUCAUAAGUGCUGCAGAUUUCUUGUGGAUAGGCGUGGACCUCUAUCGUAGUUGGCUUGACAUUGAUUUAAGGAAAAUGUCUGCAGAAGGAAAAACAUGUUCAGAGAAUCUCAGCAGUCUAAGCGAUAUGGCUAAAAAGAUGGUUCUGAAAUUCAAGGAGAAAUUGAGCGAAGCUGGCCCGAGGGAGAUUCCCCUUAACUGGCCACCUAAAGUGAUUGCUGCAAAUUCAAUGUACAGAAUCAGCCAAACUAUACUUCUAGAUCACCAGUGCAAUAGUCGCAAGGCAGAGGUCAAACUGUUCGACAAAUUAUGUACUAUGAUUGCAGAUAUAACCGGUGCAUGCCUCACUAACUUACCGCGUGUCAUCACACUCAAGUGCUUCCAUAGCGCGAUAGAAAACAGAGAAGAGAAUGUGAAGCUUGCAGCCUCACUUCUAGGUGAGACUGAAGAGAUCCUGAAAAGUGUUCAGAGACAUGAGCUUCCUAGUCUCAACAACGAUCAAUUCUCAUAUAUUGAUGAGUGGCGCUUUGCGAUCAGAAACAAACAUUCUUCCAGGCCUGUGAGCAACUCAUCCAAUGAGUAUAUAUCUGUUGGUUCUCCUGAGGUGCAUAUAGAUAUUGAGUAGGUUUUCUCAAACAGUGUUUUAAUGUAUUGAGUAGCUUAUUAUUCUGUUAGUUUCAU